CAAAUUUUGAUAACAAUAAGGAUUUCUAAGAACCAAAUAUUUUGAGUACUAUAAUAACAUUGUUAUGAAACGUAAUUUUGACGGUUACUUGUUCUUAAAUAUUUAAAAUAAUAAAAAAUCAUUCUAAAAAAUAGUUGUAAUGGAAGAAAUCCAAAGUACAGCAGGAGCUAUUCCUGUUAGAAAUGAAAAAGGUGAAGUAUCGAUGCAAAAGGUGAAAGUUCACCGAUAUGUUCAAGGCAAACGUCCAGAAUAUGCUCCAGAAUCAACGUCUGAAGAAGAAUCAGAUGAUGAUGAUUUUUUGGAUUCUCGUAAAGUGCCAGGCACUUCUCCUACCACCAAUUUUGAUUCAGAACAGAUGAUACAAUUACCAUCAGAUGCUUUUAAUGAUGCACGUCUUAAACGUUUAGGUGGUCUAACUGCACGCCAUGGACAUAAAGAUAGGCGUCCUUUACAUGAACCACAAGUUAUUAGGGAUGAUUCAUCAGAUGAUGAAUCUGAUGUAGAACGAAAUCGAAGGAGCCGAAGACAAGUAUCUGGUGAUGAAAGAGAUAGUAAUGAAGAUGAUGGAGAACUCAGUGAUAGUGAAAUAGAGAGGAGGAGACUACGUUUAAGACAAAAAGUUUUAAAUCAAACUAAAGAAAAAGAAAUGAAUGAAGUACUUGAAAAAGAAGACGAAGGACAUAGUUCAGAUGAUGAUGACAGUGAUGAAUCAUCUGAGUAUGAAGACUAUUCUGCUUCUGAUGAAGAAACAGGACCUCGCCUUAAACCAAUUUUUGUAAGAAAGAAAGAACGUGUAACUAUACUGGAAAAAGAAAAAGAAGAAGUAAAACAAAAACAACUAGAAUAUGAGCAAAAGAAAUUGGCUGAAGAAAGACGAAGGGCUACUUUAAGAAUGGUUGAAGAGGAAAUUCGUAAAGAACAAGCCUUAGCUAAGUCAAAUAGUGCACUUUCUGAACCAUGUUUAAAUGAUGUAAAUACUGAUGAUGAAAAUGAUGAAAAUGAAUAUGAAGCAUGGAAACUAAGAGAAUUAAAACGCAUUAAGAGAGACAGAGAAGAACAUGAACAACGAGAAUUUGAAAAAGCAGAAAUAGAACGAAUUAGGAAUUUAACUGAAGAAGAGAGAAGGUUAGAAAUGAGACUUAAUCCUAAACAAGUUACCAAUAAAGCAGCUAAAGGCAAAUAUAAAUUUAUGCAAAAAUAUUACCACCGAGGAGUAUUUUAUUUGGAUGAAGAGCAUGACAUUUUCAAAAGAGAUUAUUCAUCAGCCACUCUUGAAGAUCAUUUUGAUAAGACUAUUUUACCCAAAGUUAUGCAAGUUAAAAACUUUGGUCGUAGUGGACGUACAAAAUAUACACAUUUGGUUGAUCAGGAUACAACUAGUUUUGAUUCACCCUGGGUGUCUGAAACCGUGCAAAAUUUAAAAUUCCAUACUAAUCAAGCUGCUGGAAUCAAACAAGUAUUUCAGAAGCCUACUUUAAAAAAGCAACGUACAAAAUAAAUCUAUAAUUUUCAUUAUAAAAAUUUUAGAUUAAUAUUUCUUAAAU